UGAUUACACUAGCGUUUUGGGUGGCUGAUUUCCCAAGAAAGCCUAAACAAAAACUUAACCCAAUUAUAAUCGACCGACUUCUGGCGACCAAAAUAUAUAUAUAUAUAUAUAUAUUUAUAUAAUUGACUGACGACUGACUUGUUUGUAUUCAGACUUGGGGACUCACACUCGCGUGGACGCCAUAUCGAUAUUCUAUAUCUUGUGAUGAAUUGUGAUCGAUCCGUGGACGCGUUUGAUUGCCCUCCUCUCUGAUUCCCUCAAUAAGCCAUGGCUUCUUCUUCUUCUAGUUCUUCGCAGACUUACGACGUGUUCCUGAGUUUUAGAGGCGAAGACACUCGUCUUAAUUUGACUGCUCAUCUUUAUAGUGCUCUAACACAGUCAGGAAUCCAUGUUUUUAGGGACGAUGGAGGCCUUCAAAGGGGAGAAGAGAUCUCCGCCUCAUUAUUGCAAGCAAUUGAAAGAUCAGGAAUUGCGUUGGUAAUUUUGUCUCCAGAUUAUGCAUCUUCCAGAUGGUGUCUGGAUGAACUGCUGAGCAUACUGGGGCGUCUAAGAUCUGCAGCUCAGGUGGUUGUUCCCAUAUUCUAUAACAUAGAUCCGUCUGAAGUUCGUCGUCAGAGAGGCACAUAUGGUGAAGCGAUGGAACGACACCAGCAGAGGUUGGGAGGGGGCGGUGAUCUCCGGGUGUUGCGCUGGAGGGAGGCACUCACGGAAAUCAGCAAUCUUUCCGGCUUUGAUUCCAGAGCAUUUCGGUCUGAAGUUGAGCUGAUUGAUACCAUUGUGAAGGAUGUUUUAGAGAAAGUAGAUGCUGGACAAUUGUUUGUUGCUGAGCAUCCAGUGGGAAUAGAGUCUCGAGUUCAGCAACUGGCAAGUAAAUUGUCAAAAAAGAGAUUUAGAAAAGCUCAUAUCAUCGGCCUCUGGGGGAUGGGAGGCGUUGGUAAAACUACUGUUGCCAAAGCCUUUUACAAUACAAUUGGUCGUACGUUUAGAAGAGCAAGAAGUUUUCUUGCGAAGAUAAGAGAAAAUUCAAAGCAUUCUAAUGACGUAGUUAAUUUGCAAAAGCAACUCAUUUCUGAUAUCAUUAAUACAGAAGUUUUCAAGGUACCUAAUAUUGAUAGAGGGAAAAGAAUAAUUCAAGAAAGAUUUCCCAACAUAAAAGCAUUUGUUGUAUUGGAUGAUGUGGAUAGUGUCAAUCAGCUGAAUACAUUAUGUGGAAGUCUUGAAUGGUUUUGUCCUGAGAGUAUAAUAGUCAUAACAACUAGAGAUCUCCAUCUGCUUAGUGUCAUUAGAGCUGACUACAAGUAUAGAAUGAGAACGAUGGAUGAAAUUGAGUCACUCGAGCUUUUUAGUUGGCAUGCUUUUAAGCAAGAAGCUCCCCUUGAAAACUUCAUAGAACUUUCUAAAAAUGUAGUUGCUUACUGUGGUGGACUUCCUCUAGCUCUUGAAGUGCUUGGUUCUUAUUUGUUUGACAGAAAAAUUGAAGAAUGGGAGGAUGUCUUGUCCAAAUUAGAAAGGAUUCCGAAUGAUGAGAUACAAGCAAAGUUAAAAAUAAGUUUUGAUGGUUUAAAGGAUGAUAUGGAGAAGAAUAUAUUUCUUGAUAUUUGUUGCUUCUUUUUCAAUAAGGAUAGAAACUAUGCCACGCACAUAUUAAAUGGAUGUGGAUUUAAUGCAAAAAUAGGUAUAACAACCCUCAUUGAGCGAAGCCUGAUAAAUGUUAAUAGGAACAACAACAAGCUUGAAAUGCAUGACUUAUUACGUGAUAUGGGAAGAGAAAUCAUUUGUGGAAACCCACGAAAGGACCCUGAGGAUCGCAGUAGAUUGUGGUUUCAAGAGGAUGUAACUGAAGUGUUAAUGCAAAAUACAGGAACAAAAGUUAUUGAGGGCAUAUCCCUGAAAAAGCCCCAUGAAGUGUGUGAGAUUGAUUCUGAGGCAUUCAAGGCAAUGAGAAAACUCAGAUUGCUCCAACUAGAGUAUGUAAAUCUUGAAGGAGAUUAUAGGCAUCUUUCAAAUAAGCUAAGGUGGCUUUGUUGGCGUGGAUUUCCUUUAAAAUCCAUACCUGACAGCUUGUACCAGAAAAACUUAGUUGCUAUUGACUUUAGAUACAGCAAGCUCAGGCUAGUUUGGAAGAAACCCCAAUUGUUGCAGUGUUUGACAAUUCUCAUUCUAAGCCAUUCACCUCACUUGAGACAAACUCCUGAUUUUACAAACCUACCAAACCUUGAAAAGUUAGUACUGAAAGAUUGUCCAAGCCUAGUGUUAAUUCACCAGAGCAUUGGAGAUCUGAAAAAAAUUAUUUUGGUAAAUCUAAAAGACUGCAAAUGCCUGAGGAUUCUUCCUAGAAGCAUCUACAAGUUGAAAUCAUUAAAAACUCUCAUUCUUUCUGGUUGUUCAUUGAUUGACCAUUUAGAAGAAGAUAUUGAGCAGAUGGAAUCCAUGACAGUACUAAAGGCAGAUCAUACUGCCAUAACAGUAAUACCCAAGUCAUUAGCAAGAUUGGAAGCACUUAAGCAUGGAUAUGUAUCUUUCCUAGGCCUUGAAGGAAGAGCACCAGAUGUAUUUCCUUCUCUCAUAUGGUCUUGGAUAAUGGCAGAUUUCAUGGCCUAUCUCCAUUUUUGGGCGAUCUUGCCAAGCUUCGAGGUGUGUGGGAAGAAUGCCGAUCACAGUCUCGAUUCGAUGGAGAAAUUGCGAGACUUUUGGAUGCCUUGUAUGGGACAACCUUCAUGGAAUUGGAAUCCACACCAAGCAGAUCCGUGGAAGCUUCUACAUCAUUUGACGGUCAUGAUCAAGUUCAGAAUGCAACAUCGGUAG